UAUUGCGCGCAUCACGACCGGUUGAAAUAAUUCAAAAUUUUGGGAAAUAUACAGGCCCUGAAAUGAUAAAUUCAUUUACAAAUUCAUUAAAAACAUUCAUAUUCAGUUCUAAGUCGAGCGAAAAUGCUGUAAAAACCGACAGGAAAAGGAAACGUCCGUACGAAGAGAGUGAUGGUGAUGAUGACAUUCAAGUAUUAUCCGUGAAAAAAUCAAGAAGAGAGUACACAGGUUUAACUGGUCUAUUUACUAGUGCUACAGUACAGAGUAUGUCAGACUGGGUACAGAAGAAGACACCAAAUCUGUUUAAUUGGACUUCGAGCAAGAAGAAGUCAGCCAGUUUGCAGGGAAAUGGACAAAAUGGCAGAAGUAAAGAAAAACAAGGAUUUAAUGAAACAUCAUCUCACCAUGGUUUCAGUAGAAUUGAUGUUCCCAUGGCAUAUAGACAAGGGACCUGGCCCAUGGAUGGAGGGGGAUCUGGAAGUUUGGUACGACCAUCUAUACAUUCACAGUUCUACAAGUCGCAAACAGUGCAGACAGAUGCACAGAGAGGUCCUGUCGGAGAACAGGGUUCACAGGCACGGCUUGACAAAAUGUUUAGAACCAGAAAUAAACACAGAUUUACUGCAAAAGAUAGUGUACGGUUGGAAGAUAAAGUACGAUACCAGCAGCUGAUUCAGAAAUUCACAACAGUGCCUCUGGAGGAGGAAGAAAAUAAAAGCAAAGUUAAUGAAAGUAUAAAAGAUCCCAUAAGAGUUCCUCAGUUACCGAGGUUUUAUUUCAGUUCCAACAACAGUAUACUAGGUUCCACUAUACAUCAACAGCCAGACAAAGUAGAUGUACCCGUUAGACAUAAAAUAAAAGUACAGCCAAGUCAGUCAACGCCUAGACAACUCCUCACAAAUGGUAAUGCUGCACAAGAUGAGACGUUAAUACCACUUACAGACAUAUCAGUUAUACCGUCAGUACGGACAGAUAUACAACAAACAGAUACUAUUGAUCUCACAGAUGAAAAAGAGCCAGAUAAACCUGAAAAGGAUUGUGUCAGGGAAAGAAAGUUUAAAUCACAUACACCCGAUUACAGAGACUGUAAAUUCCUGUCAGAAAACUGGAUUAAAGAGAUAACGUCAACCUACAGUGCUAAAGCCCGUGAACGAGAAAGACAACUUGCCGAGGCAGAAGUCAGAACAAAAAUUUUUGACGAAAGGAGAAAACAAGAUGAGGCUGACCUUGAACGUAGAAUACGCCGACAGAUGCACAUACACAAGAAGGCACCAGCUGUGGUUGAGGAUCUACCAUUGUCAGAUCUGUCAUCGUCUGAAGAUGAAGUGGAGAUUGUAGAAGAGGAGGAGGAAGGCUUACCUGAACUGACAAGUGAAAUGGAGAAUGUGAUCAACAAUGCUUUGUCACGAGGAAAUCCUGGUCAAGUACUUGUAGACAAGUUCCGCCUUCAAAUCACCAAGGGUGACAUAGCAACAUUAUCUGGUUUAAACUGGCUCAAUGAUGAGGUUAUCAAUUUCUACAUGAAUCUCCUGAUGGAAAGAGGUGAGAAGGAGGGAUGUUCUAAGGUGUAUGCCUUUAAUACUUUCUUCUAUCCUAAAGUGAUGAGUGGAGGUCAGGCCGCAGUAAAGAGGUGGACGAGACGUGUGGAUGUUCUGGCUGUGGAUUACAUUCUCAUACCAGUACAUCUUGGCAUGCACUGGUGUCUUGCAGUAAUAAACUUCAAAAAGAAAGAUAUCCAGUAUUACGACUCGAUGGGAGGAAACAACCAGAAAUGCCUAAAUGCUUUAAGACAGUACCUCUGUGAUGAAAGCUUAGACAAGAAAAAAACUGAAUUCAACUUAAAUGGAUGGAAUUCAACGAUAGUCAAGGAUAUACCUCAGCAGAUGAAUGGCAGUGAUUGUGGUAUGUUUGCUUGUAAAUAUGCCGAGUACAUCACAAGAGAGGCUUCUAUCACAUUCACCCAGGAAGACAUGCCAUACUUUAGGAGAAGAAUGGUGUAUGAAAUUGUGUCAGCAAAACUGUUACAAUGAUACUGGUUGUUGCUAAAUGAUUUUAGUGAUAUAAGACAUGUACACACUGCAGCUAAUUUAUUACAUUGUUACAACACUCAUUGAGAUGCAGCAGUAUGUUCUUAUUGAUGCAGUACUCAGCAGGUUGCAGUCAAGUUGUUUCAAUGGCUACACAGGGCAGCAGAAUCAGUGAUUUGCCACUGGAAGUGAUUCUGAUCCUGUUUAACACAUUGUGUGUAUGUUACAGAAAUUUUGGUGCAGAAACCAAAAGAUGUACAAAUCUCUCGGUGUGCCACAAUUGUCACUGUUACUACAAUGGAAAGACUUGUCCUUGAGGUGAUAUAUUUAAAAUAAAGAAGGUUGGAUUAUACUUUGUUGAAAUGGUACAUCAUAAGAAGUUGGUAUAGUGUUUACAAGGAAAGUUAGGACGAAAGGAAAUACUCUUCAGAUUUGGAGGUGAUCAGUGUGUUGAUAGAAAAUUUUGCCAUAGUGUGCCUGAUAUCUUAGAAAGAGCUUCUGUAAGACUUUAUGAUAAUUGAUAAUAAGACUCGGUGAUGAUUGAUUGUAAGACUCGGUGAUAAUUGGCUGUAACAUGUGCUGAACAAGCUUGUUGUGUCAGAGAUAUGUUUUUCAUGAUGUAGAACAAAAGUCAGCAGUGCGGGCACAUGUAUUCCAUGUAACAAGACCAGAAAAAAAAGAUGUUAUAGAAUCAAGAAAAAACUGGAUUUUCGUGAACAUGGAAACUGUAAGGCAUUCAGGUGGUCUGGAAGUACGAGGAUGUGUACUUCUGUCAAAGAAUAAUGAGAAUACAGAAAGUUGUAAAAUAUUUAUUGGGAAAAAUAAAUUUCUAGCUGAAUCAGCAUUAAAAGUUUUGUAGUAAUGGCUGUAUAUGACAUUUUUUUUCUGGAAUUUUUGUAUUAUUUCAUUUUGUGAAUACUUGGGAGUUAUUAUUUUCAUUUUACACACCAUACAUUUUACAUAAACAAGAUCUAUUAUCAGAAAAAAAUAAUUGAAGUUGUAUAUGUAUAUAUUUAUAUUUCAUACUUGAAAGUGAAGUUAAUCAGGAGAUUUUACAUUGUUCUGUUUUAAGAGAAAACUUAAAACCCUAGUAUCAAAGUGGCUUUGUUGAAAUUACAGAGUAUACGGUUGUUAAAAUUUUCAUUUAGGACCAGCAUGACCAGAGUAAAAUAGACAUGUAUAAACUGAACAAACAAAUCUUGGUGAUGUUGAAACUUCAAUUUUUCUGAGAAAAAAAACAACAGAAGCAUGUAGCUCAAAUUCUAUUUUCAGUCGUCUAACAAUGUAGGGCAAAAGUGAAUGCGAUAAACUUUGAUGAUUUUUCAUUUACGUUUUCAGUGUUUAAAGAAUUGAGGUGUUUGAUGUAUUCACUCAAUGAAUCCUUUUUUUUUCAUGCUUAAAAAAACUUAUGUUUUCUUUCAUAUCAUUGAUCAUGUUUUCAUGGAUAACGCUGUCUUUCAUCUGGUCUUGGAAUUGUCAAAAUUUCCAUGUUGAUUAUUCAGUAUAAAUAUAGUCUGAUUCCUGAAUGUGAUAAAAGUAGACACAUGUAUAUACAUCAUAGCAAAAAAUGUUUUAGAGCAAAAUGAUUAUUGGAAUGUAUCCAGUACUUCAGUGAGUUUGAUUAUGAAAGACAUGGUUGAUCAGCUUUUUACAAGUUCUGCUUAGAAAUGAUUUUUCAAAAAAAACCCCUAAAAACUUGCAAUUUUUUAAAGCAGCAGAUUAUAUUAGCUUUUCUUAUAGCUGGUUUUUUGAGGCAGAAUUCAUUGACAUCAAAAUAUUUUCCAUUUUGUGGACCAUUUACGGGGUAUUCAUGUCUUGUCAAUGCUAUGAUUAAUCAGUAUACCCCUAAGUGUUUGCUGAUGAAAUAAGAGCUAAAAUGAACC